UUAUAAGAAGUUGGAGUAUGAUUGUCCUACUAGGUGGAACUCAACAUAUUUAAUGUUGAGAACAACUAUAAAAUACAAAGAGGUGUUUAACAAGUUGAGUCUAACUGACACAAAUUAUAAGUCGUAUCCAACUGAAGAGCAAUGGAGUAAUGCAGAAGAUGUUUCUGAUAAACUCAAACUUUUUUAUCAUAUCACUGAACAGUUUUCAGAAACUCAAUAUCCAACUUCUAGUCAAUACUUUACAAAAGUUUGUGAAAUUAAAUUAGAAUUGGAAGCUUGGGUGAAAGAGCUUAAUCCUUUGAUUAGCGAUAUGACAUCUGCCAUGUUGUUGAAAUUUAAAAAAUAUUGGGAUGGUGUGCAUAUUUUGAUAGGAGUAGCUUCCAUCUUUGAUCCACGGUACAAGAUGAGGUUGGUAAAGUUCUUUAUUCCACUAAUUUAUGGUGAAGAAGCUUCAACUAAAAUUCAAGAAGUUCGAUCCAAUUGUUAUGAUCUCUUUCAAGAUUAUAAGAGUAAAUUAUCUGCUCCACAUGAUUCAUUAGCAUCUAGUUCUAGUGAAGUCACUAGUUUUACUCAGGGUGAUCGGCUUUCGAGCUUUGAUAGAUUUGUAGCUUCAACUGGAGCUACAGUGGAGAAAAGAUCAGAGUUGGAUAUGUACUUAGAAGAAGACCUACUACCUCGAACCCCUUCAUUUGACAAUUUGAGUUGGUGGAAGACAAAUGGAUUGAAAUUUCCUACAUUGCAAAAAAUGGCUCGUGAUCUCUUAGCCAUUCCCGUGUCUAGUGUUGCUUCAGAAUCGGCAUUUACCACUAGUGGGAGGUUGAUUAGCCCGCAUCGGAGUAGACUCCACCCCACAACUUUGGAAGCUUUAAUGUGUGCUCGCACGUGGUUAUGGAAUGACUUAAAUGGUUUGACUUCAACCGCUGAUCAAGUUUCAUGUCCCACAUUGCUUGAUGAAGAGGACGAGCCGAAUUCAAGUGGUUUAUCGCAACUAUGAGACCCUUGACAUGCUACUG